AUGUUUCAUGCUACAAGGGUCCUUGCGAGGGCAAUCAAGGAAGCUAGAGGAUUUUUCAGUGUCUCCAAUCAUGUAAUACAAUCCAGAACUAUUGGAGUGCCAGUUCCUUGGGUUCAUCCACAACAUGGCUUCGUGAAGUUAAACUGGGAUGGCGCCUCUAAUAACUUGGGUAUGGCUGGGAUUGGAGGGGUUCUCUGUGGGGACCAUGGUGGCUUCUAUGCGUGUUAUGCCAAACAUGUUUUCAAAAAUGAUAAUAAUGUGGCUGAAGUCUGGGAUAUAAGAAAUGGCAUGCUAUUGACUAGAAAUAUGGGUUUGAAGAAGUUAGAGGUGGAAAGUGAUUCCACUAUCCAGUUGUCCAAGGAGGAGGUUCAAGCUCCAUGGGGGUUGCGUACGCUAAUUCAAGACACUGAUGCUCUAAAGAAGAAUUUUGAAGCCAUCUUAUUUUCACAGAGAUAUAGGGAGGUAAACGUUGUGGCCGAUUUCCAAGCUAAGGGGGCCGCUGCGAAAUAG